UUGUUGUUCAAAACAGAAACGUGAAAACUCGGUCGCGUGUGGUAAAAGCAUUUGCAAACUAUUUUCUAGGCAAUCGUUUUUCGAUUGCUUCAUUUAAACUAAUCAAGAAUGGCAGCGGCUCACGCACAUGGACCACACGCAGGUGGUUCGCGGCCCGGUCCACCGCCGCUGACCCAGUGGUCUCCCGACAAGAAGCACAGUGAUCGCGAAAGGUGGGUUUGCAUCUAUCCUGCGUACAUCAAUCGGAAGAAAACACGGCAGGAGGGUCGCAGGAUCCCGAAAAAUAUGUGUGUUGAUGACCCCGGUGCGCAAGAAAUACGGGAUGUGCUGCAGGCGGUCAAUUUCAACGUUCUGCUGGAAUUCAAGCAGUAUUCCCGAGAGCCAAGCAGAGAGCUACAGCACCGUGGCCGUAUCCGGGUGCAGCUGCGACAUGACAACGGUUCUCCGAUCAAUUCUGAAUAUCCUACGAGGGACAGCUUGCUGGCGUAUUUGGGUAAAACGAUUCCAUUGUUAAAAAGCAGACAAACGAAAGCUCCAGAACAGGCACAGGUUUCGGCUUCGUCGAACGCUGGGCAAAAGAAAGGAAAAGGCAAACGUCGGUAGAGGAUGUGGUCGCAUUUUUCAUGGCACUUUAAUGAAAAUACUUUUCGUCCAAGGAAAGUGAAUGGUGGGCAAUAAACUUGUGUUGUUUUUUCAUGCAAA